AUGUCUUGUCCUGCAUCGCGCCUGAGCCUCCACUUAACGACGAGUUCACCCCACAAUGAUAGAGCUGAGGAGAACUUUGCGCCCAUACGCGCGUCGUCCCCGGCGCCUUCCUCAAUCUCAUCCGAAUCCACCAACGACCCUUUGACUCCCACACCAGUAUUCGCCACGCCCUCCGCAUGGCCGGCCAACCCGAGCAGCUGCCUGCAGCUCGUCGAGCAGCAGCUCUCGGACGCCGAAUGCAGCAUGCGACGCCUCGCCCGUGCGCUGCUCGACGCCCAAUCCUCGAUCCUCGAGGCCGACGAAAGCGUGGCGACCGCGCGACAGCAAGCCGCUCAGGCGACCACGUGGAUGCGGGACGCGGAGACGCGCGCAAGGCUCGCGCAGAGCUACGCAGCCUCGGAGGGCGCGCGAGCGGAAGACGCUGACCAGCGUGCGGAGCGCGCUGAGGGGCAGCUAUGCUCGGCAGAGCAGCGGGCGGAGGCAGCCCUCGAAAUGGCUCGGCAGGCGGACGAGCGGGCAUCGCGCGCGGAGAAGCGCGCUGCGACGGCCGUGGCCGCCGCUCGGGAGGCGUCUGGUCGCGCUGCCGCCGCGUCGGCGCACGUCAAGGACGCCGAGGCCCGUGCGGACUCAGCGGACGCGCGUGUCAGACAAGCGGAGUCGCGUGCUGAGGAUGCCGAGAAGGACGCUGCAAGCGCGUGGAACCGCGUGAAGGAGGUCGAGGAGCGCCUACGAGCCGCAGAGACCCGCGCGCAGGCGGCCGAGGAGCGUACCCGGGAGGUCGAAGCACUCGCGGGCGAGCUUGAAGACAGAGCUGCGCACCGCCUGGACGAGGACAGCAACUUCUUAGGCUCAGCAUCCUCGGCGAGUGCGACUCUACCUCAUGACUCUCAUGGGACGGACGUUCAUGCUGGAGGCGGCCCGGCUCAUGCCUCUGACGAGAACUCAGUGCUCGCCGCUGCUGAGGCGCGCGCAGUAUACGCCGAAUCGCAGGCAAAGAGCUACGCUGCCGCUAUCCGAAAGCUCGAGGACCGUCUUGUCAUCGCCGAGACUCGACUCGCGAAGGCGGAGCAGCGCGCUCUGGCGGCGGAGAGGCGGGACGCCGAAUCGCACGAGCGGCUGCAGGCUGCUCAGCGAUGCGCCGAGCUGACAGAUAAGAGCUUGCAGGAAUCGCUCGUGCGUGCUCAGGCGGCUGAGUCGCGCGCUGAUGAAGCGUUAGCACGCGAGCGGCGCAUCAAGGUCGACGAGCGGCGGAUGGGCGAGCUGCAGAAGCGCGCGGGUGACUUAGCUAAGAAAACCGAGGGUGCGGAGCUGCAAGUACGGACUCUCGAGGAGCAGGUGCAGGCGUUGAAGGAGGCGCUCGCUUCGCUAACUGCGCAGAACGAGGCGUUGGAAAGACGGUGUCAGCCACAGAGUCAGGCGAAUGGGUAA